GAGGAAGUCUGAGGAGUACUAAACUCCUCGGCCUUCUGGUAACUGGUAAACUAAAAGUCAAGUCAAGCAGAAGUUCCCCAUGGCUCUGCAGGAGCUCGGCAUCAGCCUGUCAAUGACAGGCGUUGCUGGGACCAUCCUGAUCUGCGCUCUGCCCAUGUGGAAGGUGACAGCAUUCAUCGGCACUCAUCUGGUGGUGAUGCAGGUGUUCUGGGAGGGUUUGUGGAUGACCUGUGUCAGUGAGUACACAGGUCAGAUGCAGUGUAAGCUCUACGAUGCCCUUUUGGACCUGUCGCCAGACCUGCAGGCAGCCCGUGGCCUUAUUUGCAUCAGCAUGGUGUUGGAAUGUCUGGCAUUCCUCAUCUUCCUCCUGGGGGCGCGCUGCACCAACUGCUUGGGCCACCCGCAAAUCAAGGCUAGGGUGGUGCUGAGCUCCGGGGCCAUCUUCUGCCUGGCAGCUCUCACCACCAUAGUUUCUGUUUCUUGGACAGCCAACUCCAUCAUCAGGGAUUUCCACAACCCUCGAGUCCCUGAGGUCCUGAAGAGAGAGCUCGGAGCAGCCAUAUACAUAGGCUUCGUGACAUCUGGGCUGUUGUUCUGUGGGGGGGGCAUUUUGUGCACAAGCUGUCCACCACACAGGCACAGGAUCCCCUCUAGUGGGUACCCACUGCCCAAGACACCCACACGCAGCAGUUAUGCCAUCAAGAACUAUGUGUGA